UUUGCCCUGUUCCAUCCCCGGCCCUGGAGUCGGGGUGUAGUUGGCUAGCUCCCUCGUGGCUCGUGGCUCGUGGGUCGGCCGAGCGUCCCGUGGAGUUCCCAGUCCCCGACGAGCACCGCGGGGCCCGGGCCACGAUGGACUUCCCCAGCUCCCUUCGACCCACGCUGUUCGUGGCUGGCCCCCUUGGUCUGAGUAAUGUCCCUGACUUGUCCUUCAUGUGUAGCUGGAGAGACGCCCUGAUGCUGCCGGAGUCCCUGCCCGAGAACUCUGAGAAUGGGGCGCCACACAUGGCCACGCAGCUGCUCUGGGAGCCAGAGACCCCUGGACCCCUUCCUCUGCUGCCUCCUGGUCCUGAUCCCUGGGACCCUGGGGUGACUGCCCAGGACCUGCUUUUCCGGGGAGGCUUCACGUUCCGAAGGAAGCCCCAAGCCGUGCUGGACGUUACGGAACAGCUCAGCCGCUUCCUGUGGGACCAUGGGGACAUAGCCUUUGCACCCCUGGGGAAGCUGAUGCUGGAGAAUUUCAAACUGGAGGGAGCACGGAGCCGUUCUAAGAAGAAGACAGUGGUCAGUGUGAAGAGCCUACUCCAGGACCUCGGUGGACACCAGCCCUGGGGCUGCCCCUGGGCUUUCCUCAGCUACCGACAGCGCCGCUUCUCCAUCCUCGGGGGCCCUGUCCUGGGCAAGUCAGUGGCCAGCCUCCUCGGGAAGCUGCUGCACGAGGAGCUGGCCGUGCGGUGGGAGCAGCUGCUCCUGGACGACGCGUUCACCGGGGGCGCUUUGGCCUGGGUGCCCGGGAGGACGCCCCAGGUGGGACAGUUGGUCUAUCCGGCGGGAGGUGCUCUAGACAAGCUCUGUUUCCAAGAGGUCAGUCUGACCUCAGGCAGUGAUGCUCAGGCUCUCGGGGACCCUGGCCACAUCCAGCUCCGAGGACCUGUCCGGCAGGUGGUGACCCGCACUGUGCAAGGGGAAACCCUGCUGGCUGUCCGCUCGGACUACCACUGCGCCCUGUGGAAGGUCAGCAAGCAGGGGCAGCCCGCCCCUCUCCAGGUGCUGCAGGCCGGGAAGGGGGCCACUGGGAUCAGCCUCAGCCCGCACCUGCCCGGGGAGCUGGCCGUCUGCAGCCGUUCCGGAGCCGUCUGUCUGUGGACCCCCCAGGGCGGGCUGCAGCAAGUCUACAAGGACCCUGAGACCCUUGUGUUCUGUGACCCUUCUCCCUGGCGCUGGGCAGACUUCACCGCUCAUCCCCGGGUGCUGACUGUGGGGGACCGCACAGGAGUGAAAAUUAUUGACACUCAGGGCCCACCCGGCUGUGGUCUGUUGCUUUUUCGUGGGGGCGCAGAGGCAUCAUGCCAGAAAGGAGAACGUGUCCUGCUGACCCAGUACCUGGGGGCGUGCAGCCCCGAGCCCCUGCUUCCUACACUCCAUCUCAUCUGUACGCAGUUUUCGCUCUACCUGGUGGAUGAGCGCCUCCCCUUGGUGCCCAUGCUGAAGUGGAACCAUGACCUCCCCUCGGCUCCCCUGUGGGCCCAGCUGCUGCCCCCGCCACGGCCCGGCUGCCCACGGCCGCUGCUCCUGGGCGCCCAGCACGGGCACCUGCGGCUGCUGCACCUUACAGGUAGGAGUCUGGGCUGGGGCAGGAGGCGGGCGGGACGAUGGGCAGGGCCUCAGCUGUCUGGCUUUCCUCCAGGAGAGGGGGCCUCUGCACCCAGGCUGGCGGGGCCCCCCCAGUCUCUCCCUUCCAGCAGCGACUCCCUCUCCGCGUUUCCCCUGCUGGAGCCCAAGAGUCAGUGGCGGCUGCAGGAGCGUCUGAAAGCGCCGACCAUCGGUCUGGCUGCCACCAUCCCUUUCCCGGCUUCCGAGCCAGUCCUGUCGCUCUUCCAACUCUCGGCAGCCGGGGAUGUCUUCCACCAGCGCCUCUGCCUCCAGGCAGACCCCGGGGCUACCCUCCAUGCCCCCACGGCUUCCUGGACUCCCCAGGCCACUGCGUGCUGCAGCCGAUGGCUGAAGGCCCUGCUGGCGGUGCCCCCACCUCCCCCUGUGUGGGCGGCACCCACCUUUUCCCACCGCCGUCUGCUGGGCUGCAUGGAGCAGAGGACGGGGGAGCGCAAGGGGCCAGAGGGUCUCCGAGCGGCCAUGGCUGGAGGGAGGCUGCUGCAGCAGAGGGACCUGGGCCCACUCCCCUCUGUGGAGCCGCCCCCUGCCCCCGAGCCGGGCCCUGAGGACGAGCUCAGCGCACGUUUGGAGGCGGCCUGGGAAGGCCAGAUGGCCGUCUGGUGGGACAGGCAGCGGGGCCUGAGCUCUGGGCCCGGCAGGCAGCCCAAGCGGCACAAGCGCCGGACUCAACUGUCCAGCACUUUCUCCUCGCUCAGCGGCCGCCUGGACCUCUCAGAUGCCACCAGCCCCCCUCGUAGCCCAGACCGGGCAUCCCCCGAAGCCAAGCCUCGACCACCGGUGACCCCGCCCUCCCAUGAGUCGACUCAGAAGCUGUGGGCUCGGGGUGUCCCCUCGGAGCGGCAGCAGACUCUCCGCGACUACAUGGCGAAGCUGCCGCUCGGAGGGGACAGCCCGCGUGGGGUCUGCUCGCCCCUCUCCCAGAGCCCCAGCCUCCGGGCCACCCCCUCCAGGUCGCAGACCCCCCAGGAAGGCACAGCCGAGCUGCCGCCGCGAAGGGCCACCCUGAGAGGUGCUGCUGUGUCCUCCUCCCAGACCUCCAGCCUCCGGGCCACCCCCUCCAGGCAGCGGGCACCCGUCCCCUCUGGCUCUCAGCCCCAGCGGAAGAAGCCACGCAUGGGCUUCUGAGGACCCCAGGGGAGCUGCUCCCCCUCCGGGGAGCCCUUCAUCCCAGACCUGCUGUGCCUUCUGUGGUUGGAAGCUGGGAAGUGGGAAAAGAGAACAGUCCCCGGGGCACAGGCCUUCCUAUUUCAGAGCAACGGGAACAGCAGGAUAGUUGUUUCCUCUCCUUACACUUUUGCUAGAAGAUCAUUCCGGAGGCAUGUUGAGUCGGUCCUUGUGGUCCUGUCCUGAAGGGCCGUGUCGUGGGGAUUCCCUCCAGGAGACGGUGGGCCGCGCUGCCCAGGAGCUGGGGCUGUUGCCCCCUGCCCCCAAGACACCAGGGUCACGGAAGGGCGCCUGCUCCUCGCCGCGCUCGCGGGGAGCUGCUGGGCGGCCGCUCAGUCUGUGUCAGUUAAGCGGCGUCCGCUGUGAUCAGACGUUUCACGGAGGGAGACACUUGGAACCCACGUUUAGGACCUGAAUAAGCCUGGCAGCGGCCCCCACAUCCCUUCCUCUGAAGCGUGUGGCUCUGUGGAAGGCUUUGCUCCCCUGUGGGGAAACCCGCCCUCAGAAUGUCCCAAGACACCAGCGUUUGCUCUAGAUUUCUCCUCGCACGUGUGAGUGCUGCUUUUCUCAGGGAACCUGGUGGAAGGAGUCGCACAGGACUCAUGCGCAUGUGAAACAACCCAGUAACACGGGGACUCACGCGGAUACUAAAAUGUCUGUAAUGCUCGGUUACACAACUUCUGCCCCAGAGACCCUGGGACGUCGCGUUCUGCUUUGAGCACAGGAACACAGUGGUGCACGCUUGCAUGGGGUCAGCAGAUGGGGGGGUGCGCCGAGUGCUCUCAGGAACUGUGACUCUUUGGAAGGAAGGGGAGCCCAGCCAAGGGGGGUGACCUGCACCCAUAGGGGGGCCUUU